UUAAGAAAUAUAUUUUAUCUUUAAUAAAAAAUGCUGUUCCCGAAAAAUUCCCUGCGUCAUAAAAAGAGUAAUGUGUAUGGAAUAUGUGUUGUUGGUUUUUUAAAUUUUAUUUUUAGCAGUCACGUAGUACGAUCUUGCCAAAGAUUUGCCUUAAAUCUAUAUGUAAAACACGCCUACUUUUCACCAAUGCCUUCCUUUAUUUUUUUGUUUUUGGUUUUAUUGAAAGACUCGACCCACGAGUCUUUGGCUUAAAUGUAAAUAAAAACACACCCCACUAAGAUAUAUAUAUAUAUAAGUAUAAACUCGUGAUUCAAAAUGUAGGAAAUCGUUAAAAUAUAUUUUGGAAUUUCCGAAAUUUGGAACAGAAACAAAUUUGGAACCAUUUUCAGUCUGGCAAAACACUGAAAAUCCCUUGAAAUAUUUUCUGCACAUAUUUGUAUUGAAUUAUAUAUAUAGAGUUGUCUUUGUGGUAGAUUUAUAUAUAUAAAAUAUUAAGAUACAAUACAGUUCUCAAUGUAAAGAAGGGUAAAGUGUCUGUGAAGUGUGAAAUAUGUAUUUAUUUUAAGGCCCAAAUAUUGUAUAUCCCUUGUUCCUAAAUAUUUUAUUAUUUAUUAUAUUUUUUACAAUUAUUUCAACUAAUUUGUUAUAGUGAAAUAGCAGUAAGAUUAUCAAAAACCUACUAUUGUAUAUCAGCUCUAUUUAUUAGGCUAUUCCUACUUAUCUAUCUAUAAAAGGUCAGAAGGUGUUUUAGAGAAAUACUUUUUAUGGUCCUAUAUUUUGAAUAAUAAUAAUUGUAUUUUUUUUUAAUUUGUAAUAUUAAGUUCUGAUGAAGGAACUGAGUUCACUGCUAUAAAAUCCCCUCUAUUUAUCAGCCAUAGCUUUUAAAAUGUACAUUUUUUCCUUUUAGAAAGUUGACCAUAAAAUCGAUAAGAUAUUGAGACUAAUUUUGGCUAAUCAGACCAGUUAGGGGCUCGAUUUUUUAAUAGCUCUCUUGACUGUUGUCAAACCAAAAUAAACCCAAACUAAUGCUGAGAAAUUGAAAAAGUUUCCGUCAGUUGAAGGCAGGUUACUAUAUCCCCAAACACAAAUACAAAUGGUGCAGAAUUUAUUUGGUCUGCAAAUUGAAGGAGAGAAUCGGAGGGGAAAACGCAUCUUGAGUGCUAAAUAUAUAGUAUAUGAGAAGUACAAAUAGCCAACAAUUUUUAAUGGCUAUUGCCAGGCUGGCUCUCUCUCUCUCUCUGUUUAUUGAACGCCGGCUGGUUGGUAGUAUUUAUUCGCCGGAGAUCGCACCACCUCGACUCGAGUCGACUCGAAACGGAUCGAAACGGAUCGAAACGGAUCGAGUCGACUAUCGACGAUCACGCAUCGAGGGCAUGAUCGGCGGUGCGCCUGCUGUUACUGCAUUUUCUUCAACAGGUUUCUUUCCGUGGCGAUCGCUUAUCUGGCGUGUGUGGGUCUCGACGCCCAACCAGAAAUCAGAAAUCAGAAAACCGAAAUCACAGACCACAGAGACGACGGGUCUUUCCUGUAACGUGUCAACUUUUAAAAAGAGAUCGCCCGAAGAAGUGAUGGUGCGCCAACAUUUUUACAGCAAACGCCAGCCAAACCCCACAGCCUCACAUUUUCCGAUCGAUUCACACCAACCACAGUCUACCAAGUUACCCAGACAAACCUUCUUCAGCUUCUCCUGUUACCCAACUCUCUCUGUAUCUUUUACCAAGUUUUCUUACAAUUUUCUCUGAUAUCUAUAUCUAUUCAAUAUAUCUUUUGCUGCUGAAUGAAUCACUUAUGGGGCGUUACACCCGUUCUGACCACAAAAAAGACUCUCAACUAGUUCAGUUGGUGGUUUUAUAAGUGCGGCGCCAUUAUCUUCAGUGGCAUGACGUCAAAGUGCUUGAACCCGCCCCUCCACGAUCGUAUUACCUUUAUGAUGAUGUAAUCUUAUCAGUUCAA